AUGACUGCAAAUCUAUUAAACAGUGGUGAAUCCUCAGAAAAUAAUAAUCAUAAUCAUAAUAACAAUAACAACAAUGCUAAUAACCCUACAGCACCAGUCCCACCAAAAUCUAAAAGAUCAAGAGAUGGUUGUCAAAAUUGUAAAGAAGGUCGUAUAAAAUGUGAUAAAUCUAAACCAAUUUGUAAAGUAUGUCUAAGGAAAGGUUUAACCUGUGAUUAUUCAAAGAAAUUAAUGUGGAUAUCAGUGGAAAAAUCAGACUCAAGACAUCCAUCCUUCAAAAAUAAAAGAACAAACAGUAAAUCAAAUACACCAAAGGAUCAAAGUAUAGAUGGUAUUAAACAAUCCAAAUCUAUAACGCCUGAAAAUAUACCUCAACAACAAAUAAUAGAUGCUGAUGAAGAACUUGAUAUGUUAGACACUUCAGAGGAAUAUCAAUUAUUAUCACCAUCAGAUCAAGUAAUACAGUAUAAUAAAUCAAGAAAUUCAAGUUUAAGUAGUGUACAAAGUUAUUAUAAUGAAGAUGGUGAAAUUGAUGAAUUAAGUGAUGAAUUUCAAGAAAGUGUACAAUUAGAUUUAGAUACAAUUUCUCAUCAUGGUUUAAUGAAAUUAGAUCACCAAAGGAUUUUGGAAACUCAAAGAAAUUUUUCAAUGACUUAUCAAACAUUUCCAAGAGAAAUUUUUAAUAUUUUCCAAAGUAAAGAUACUCAAAAUAUUUUUAGUCAUUAUUUAUUUGUUACAUGUAUCGCAAUAGAUCCAUUAAAUGGUGCUGGUCCUCAAAAUAUUUCUGAAAAAUUCUUUGUUCCAGUUGCUGUUAAUGAUCCUGCUACAUUACAUGGUAUACUGAGUAUAUCUGCAAGUCAAUUAUCUUUUUCAAAUCCAGAAUAUAAAAGAUUAUCACUUUUACAUAAAUCAUUAUCAUAUAAACAUCUUUAUGCAUUAUUGAAAGAUGAAAAAGAAUCCGUUAGUUUAAAUGCCUUAUCUGCAAUCAUUUGUCAUCUUUCAAUUGAAAUUAUACAAUCAGGUUUACAAAAUUGGCCUUUCCAUAUAAAAGCUUUAAGAAAAAUUGUUCAAGAACGUAAAAAAAGAAAAAUUAAAGAAGAUCAAUUAACUUGGUUUUUAUAUUUAAGAAUCGCAAGAUAUGAUAAUUUUGCAACUUUAACAACUGGUGAAAAACCAUUAUUUAAAGAAUUUAAUUCUUCAGAUUUUAAAACUUUAGAUCCUUUAAUUCAAAAUUUUGAUUGUGUUUUUGGUUGUCCAACAACUGUUUUAUUUUUUUGUUCAGAAUUAACAUAUAUUGGUAAAACAAUAUUUGAUUCUAAACAAACAGGAAAUUUUGUAUCGUUAUCAAAUCAUUUAGAAUCAAUUGGAUAUUCUGAAAUUAUAUUGAAAAAAAGAUUAAAUAAAUUAUUGAAAAGAUCAAAAUCUCCAAUUAAUUCAUCUGAUUGGGAUGAGAUUGAAAAAAUGUGGAGCUCAACAAUGAUUAUUUUAUUUCAUCAAUCUCUUUAUAAUAAUGUUGAUAAAGAAAUUUUAAAUCAAGAAAAAAUUACAUUCUUCAAUGCUUUACAAGAAUUUGUUAAAUUUGAUAGUUUUUUCUGUUCAAAUCUUUUAUGGCCAUUAUUAAAAAUUUCAACAGGAUUAAAUUCAAAUAAUGAUAGAAUCUUUGUUAAAGAUACAUUACAAUUAUUUUUUGACAAGACGAAUAUUGGUGCUUUUAAAGGUGUUUUGAAAAUUGUUGAUGAAUUAUGGGAACUUAUGGAUAAUGGAAAAUAUAAUGAACCUUAUGAUUGGUGGAGAUAUCAAGAUGAAAAAUGUUGGAACAUAUUCUUAGCUUGA